AGUUCUCUGAGGCCAGCUCAACCUGCAGCUGGUUAGGGAGAAAUCGAAACUCAGAAACCGCUCCCUCUGCUCUUCGAAAUCUCCUCGAGACCCACAGGAAUUCUCACCAGCAUCCUUUCUCAGCGGCCGCGGCGAGACCCAGGAGAUCUGGACCAUGAACACACGCAGCACAGGCACAUAUACCUUGAUAGCACCAAAUGAAAAUCGAAGACAACAGAUACAGAGAAUUGCUGAGCAAGAGCUGGCAAACCUGGAGGAGUGGAAGAAACAGAACAGAGCCAAACCAGUUCACUUGGUGCCCCGGCAGCUGGGUGGAAGCCAGUCUGAGUCUGAAGUCAGACAGAAACAACAACUCCAACUGAUGCGAUCUAAAUACCAGCAAAAGAGAGCUGAAUCUAUACAAAUCAGGAAGGAAGCUGAAGAAGCUGAACUCCAGCGAAUGAAGGCAAUUCAGAGAGAGAAGAGCAAUAAGCUAGAGAAGAAAAAGCGACUUCAAGAAAACCUCCGAAGAGAAGCGUUUAGAGAACAUCAUCAAUACAAAACUGCUGAGUUCCUGAACAAACUGGACAGGAAUCUUCAACGUGACCCCCAAUCUUCAACGUGGAAACUUCCAGUCCUGUCUAAGGAUCCCAGCUGGGCUAGUAGCCAAGCACAUGGGGAUUCUCUAAAGAAGGAAGAAAACCCCAAAUUGCAAAAGAUGAAGGAUGAACAGCAUCAGAAGAAUAAAUUACUGGAAACUAAGCAACAGCAGCAAGAAGAAGAAAGAGCCAAAAUCCAACAAGCCGAGCACAGAAGGGUAAAUAAUGCUUUUCUGGACCGACUCCAAGGCAAAAGUCAACCAGGUGGCUUCGAGCAGUCUGGAGGCUGUUGGAAUAUGAAUAGUGCCAACAGCUGGGGUAUAUGAGAAAUAUUUACUUCCAUCUGGCCUUCGUCAGCUGACCUUGAAAAACUUCGUGAGAUGCUUUUCCUUAAUGCAGUUUUAUUCAGUUUUACUCUUUAUACCUUAGCUCCAACGGCCCACCCACUCAACUGAGCAGUUAGGGAUGGCCACUUUCUGUCUAUUAGUUAUGCAUGUUUUCAGGAGCUGAUUACUGACAUAUUUAAUCUCUACUGCCAGAAAAAAAUGUUGCUUUAUUUUUCUAAUUAGUUUUGCCUCUUAUUAGAAAGAUAAUUAGAGCAAUACUAACUAGUAAGCUAGAGGAAGGGAGUCACUUAACAUUUUCAGAAUGGUGAGGGCUAAGGGUGCUGCAGGCUUGUGUCUCUCCACUAGACUAAUUCUUGACUAAUUUCCACAUCAGAUUUUAAGAAGCUUUGGGGUCUUUUUAUAUUUAAAUCUCUACUUUCUUAAUCUAGACUACAAAUGUGAUCAAAGGGAAAAAUAUCUUA